CUUAUUUAUUUUUUAGUUUCUUAUACGUUUUGGCACUCUUUAAAAACAUAAACAAAUACUUUUGAAACCUAUUAGUGAUUAAAUUAUUUUUUUGGCAAUUGCAUAAUGGUAAACACGAAAGGCGGGAAAUUAAAUAACAUGCAAAUACGGAGCAUAAAAAUUAUUCUUAGACCUGAACAUGGAACUAAACAAGGAAGUCGCGGACAAAGAUAUGAACGAAAUAAUCUUAACUCAAUUUACAUACGGCAGGAUGUGCUCUUUCCCUAUGCGAAAAUACACACCAAAGCGUUUUUAGAGGAGACUUGGAGUGAUGCGGACACACAACGUAUCGUUCAAGACUUGCGCAAUUCGCCACAAUGCAGGGAGUAUUUCGGAGAUGCUACUGAACUAUCCACAGCUUCUGCUGGAAAUAUUGCUAGUUUUGUGAAUUUCCUUAUUGAUAAGGAUCUUAAAUUGGGUCCAUUGAAAACCCUUCAGGGAUUGGUGUGGACGAAAGGUUAUGCCAGCAGCAAAAUUAAGGGGCACAUUUACGCAGAUGUUGCAGCAGCAUUUAAGCAAUGGCAUGAGGCUGGUAUACGCAUUGCCAUCUAUUCCAGUGGAAGUGUUAAGGCGCAGCAAUUACUAUUUGGUCAAACAGAACUGGGAAAUAUGCUGACCUAUAUUAGCGGUCAUUAUGAUACUGCUGUUGGUAACAAACAAGAAAAAAAAUCGUAUGCCAACAUAGCGAAAGACUUAGCCUUAUCAUGUCCAGACAUACUGUUCCUAACCGAUGUGAGGCUGAAGCCGCUCGUGAUGCAGGUAUGCACGUCGCGAUACUCAAUCGUCCAGGCAAUGCACCAUUGACUGACGACGAUAAAAUAGCAUUUACAAUUGUUGAUAGUUUUGAUGACUUAAAGAUACAUUUGAAAUAAUAACUGAGGCUAUAUGUUUAAUUAAGAUAACAUCA